CUCACCGCUCGAGCGCUUUGUUAAGCAGGGUAAUGUCUCUUCAAUUUCUUUUCUUCUUUUGGGCCCCCGCUUCCACGAAGUACCGGGAAGGCGGGCAACGACUCUGUGAGGUUCUCUCAUUCCCUCUGUUGGAUUGAUUCAGAGUUCAGACACUUAAAACCCUCAGUUGUUGCCUCUCGUUAUUCCUCUCUUCUCGUGUCCAUCUCUCUUCAUAUGCUUUAAUGGCGUCCGAGGAGCAGUUACUGGCAAUUAAGAAAGCGAAGGUGCUGAUGGUUGGGGCAGGCGGUAUCGGUUGUGAGCUUCUGAAGACGCUUGCUCUCUCUGGUUUCCAGGAUAUUCAUAUCAUUGACAUGGACACUAUAGAAGUCAGUAACCUAAACAGACAAUUUUUGUUUCGACAAUCACAUGUGGGGCAAUCUAAGGCAAAAGUUGCUCGAGAAGCAGUCUUGAGAUUUAGGCCUCACAUAAGUAUUACACCAUACCAUGCAAAUGUCAAGGAUCCUGAAUUCAAUGUAGACUUCUUUAAACAAUUCAAUGUUGUUUUGAAUGGCCUUGACAACUUAGAUGCAAGGCGACAUGUUAAUCGUCUUUGCUUGGCAGCUAAUGUUCCUUUGGUUGAAAGUGGAACUACUGGGUUCCUAGGGCAGGUCACUGUUCAUAUAAAGGGUAAAACAGAGUGCUAUGAAUGCCAACCAAAACCUGCUCCAAAAACGUAUCCUGUUUGCACCAUAACUAGUACACCGUCAAAGUUUGUUCACUGUAUUGUUUGGGCAAAGGACCUACUUUUUGCGAAGUUGUUCGGUGACAAGAAUCAGGCCAAUGAUCUGAAUGUACGCUCUGGUGAUGCUACUGGGUCAUCAGAACAUGCUGAAGAUUUCUUUGAGAGAAGAGAAGAUGAAGAUUUUGAGCAGUAUGGGCGGAGAAUAUAUGAUCAUGUCUUUGGAUAUAAUAUUGAAGUGGCUUUAUCCAAUGAAGAGACAUGGAAAAACAGAAACAAACCAAAGCCUAUAUAUUCUAGGGAUGUCCUGACUGGUGAAUUUGUUCAACAGAAUGGCAAUUUGGACAAGAAUUCUCAUAUUGAUGACCCAUCAACAGUGUCUGCAAUGGCAUCUCUAGGCCUGAAGAAUCCACAGGAUAUUUGGAGCUUGGUGGAAAACACAAGAAUAUUUCUGGAGUCUUUGAAAUUAUUUCUGGGGAAAAGGGAGAAGGAAAUUGGUAACUUGAUUUUUGAUAAAGAUGAUCAGUUAGCAGUAGAAUUUGUAACUGCAGCAGCAAAUAUUCGUGCAGCUUCUUUUGGUAUUCCUAUGCAAAGCCUGUUUGAAGCUAAAGGUAUUGCAGGCAAUAUCGUGCAUGCUGUUGCCACAACAAAUGCCAUCAUUGCUGGGUUAAUUGUGAUUGAAGCAAUCAAGGUGCUUCAGAGUGACACAAACAAUUACAGGAUGACAUUUUGUCUUGAACAUCCAUCUAAAAAGAUGCUUCUGAUGCCAGUAGAACCAUUUGAGCCUAACAAAUCCUGUUAUGUCUGUUCAGAGACGCCUCUUUUACUUGAAGUUAAUACUCAUCGUUCAAAGCUGCGAGAUUUUGUGGAGAAGAUUGUUAAAGCGAAGCUAGGUAUGAAUUUGCCAUUGAUCAUGCAUGGCUCAACCCUUCUCUAUGAGGUCGGGGAUGAUCUUGAUGAAGAUAUGGUCGCCAAUUAUUCAUCAAACUUGGAAAAGGUACUAGCUGAACUUCCUUCUCCAGUCACUGGUGGGACAGUUCUCACUGUGGAGGAUCUUCAACAAGAACUGACAUGCAAUAUUAAUAUCAAACACAGAGAAGAAUUUGAUGAGGAGAAGGAACCUGAUGGAAUGCUUCUCUCUGGAUGGGUACAAUCUCCUCAAAUGAAGAAAGUUAAUCACAAGCAGGUUGACAAUGAGGAUAGCACAUCAAUUGUUUCUCAACCAGUGCAUGUGGAGACGGAAGAUGUGAAUGAAACGGAGAUAGUUGUUUCUACUGGGACCAAAAGAAAAUCGUCUGAGAUUUCUAGCACCUCUUCAAUUGCAUCAGCCGCUAGUGUUGGUACUAGAAGUAACCAGAAACCAGAAGAAAUUAAUGAUGAUGAUGAUGAUGAUCUUGUCAUUCUUGAUGGACACUCGGACACCCUCAAGAAGAAAAGGUUGCAGUAGUUGUAGCAAUUUCAGAAUUGACUAUUAGAGCCUUCAUCCAUCUGAAUUUUGUACCAAUAGAGUAAUUAACGGAUUCUUUUGGUGCUUUUUACUUUUCAACUUGAUUUAUUAGUUCUCAAUUUGUAUAUCUUAUUUUAGCGAAGAUCUGCAUUUUUUCUCUUUUUUGUAACAACAGUCUGAGGUAGAAAUGUUGAAUAUCUGUGAACAUUUUGCUAAAAAUUUAGUACUUGAAAACUGAUUAAUCAUUGACGAGGUGCCCUGAAUGUUAAAAGGGA